UGAUUAGUUUAUGAUUAGAUUAAUCAUCUUCAAGGCAGAUAUAAAGGGCUUUAUGAAGACCAUUCUAUGAGCAUUCUCAAUCAUAAACUCUCUGUUCUUCUGCAUUUGUGUAAAGGGUUCCUAAGAUUCUCUACACCCCUCAAAGUCAUGGCCUCGUCUGCGGCACUUAGCAAGAAGCAGUUUAAGAGGUCUACGACCAAAAAAUCACACUCAUGGUGGUGGGACAGUCACAAUUGUCCCAAGAACUCAAAGUGGCUUGCAGAGAAUCUAGAGAAGAUGGAUGACCGUGUGAAACACAUGUUGAAGUUGAUUGAAGAAGACGCAGACUCUUUUGCCAAGAAAGCUCAGAUGUAUUACCAGAAGCGUCCCGAGUUAAUCCACCUUGUGGAGGAGUUUUACCGCAUGUACCGCGCUUUGGCUGAGCGUUAUGAUCAAGCUAGUGGUGAACUUCAGAAAAACCAACAGUCACAGGGCUCUCUUGACCAACCAUCUCCUACCUCGAGUCGCCGUCAUAAGGACGAGGAAGAGUCAUCAUCUUUGACUGAUUCUGGUUCUGAUUCUGACUCGGUUCAUGAUCAUUCCUCUGCUAGUGAUGAAGAUGGUGACGAGGCAUUAAUCCGUAGGAUGGCUGAACUAGAGCUUGAGCUUCAAGAAACAAAACAGAAGCUCCUUCUCCAGCAGGAAUGUGAUAACGGUGACAACAACACUGAUCUCCUUCAGAAAAUUACUGUAUAUGAAGGAGAGCUUAGAGAAGCCAAUGAACAGAUUCGGAUGCAAGAAGAAGAGAUUGCUAAUCUGAAGGUUGAGCUUCAGAGCUGCAUGUCCUCUGGAGCAGAGGAGAAGCUCAAGUUGGCUCAAAACGACGCUGACACUCUCAGAAACAAGCUCAACGCAGAGAAGAAAGAAGUCUCGAAGUUGGUUGAGAGACUUGCAAUGGUGAAAACUAGUUUACAGGACAGAGACAACGAGGUAAGGUCGCUGAAGACAGCAGUCUCUGACGCUGAAGAGAAGAUAUUCCCGGAGAAAGCACAGAUCAAGGGAGAGAUGUCAAAGCUCGUUGAAGAACGAAACCAGCUUGGAGAGCAGUUGAGAGAGCUGGAAUCACAUGUAAGGCUGAUCUUGGAAGAGAAAGCUGGAAUAGAGGAGAAGCUUAAAGUAGAAUCCGAGAAGCUAAGUGUGAUGAAAGAUGAGAGCAAUGUGCUGAGAGAUGAGAUUGGGAAGAGAGAAGAGAAGAUAAAGGAAAUGGAGAAGCAUAUGAAGGAGCUUCACAUGGAGCAAGUGAGGCUAAGAAGACGGUCGAGUGAGCUUGCGGAAGAAGUGGAGAGGACGAGAGUGGCUGCAUCUGAAGUGGCUGACCAGAAAAGAGAGGCCAUAAGACAAUUGUGUAUGUCUCUUGACUAUUACAAAGAUGGGUAUGAGAGGCUUUGGAAUGUUGUUGCAGGACAUAAGAGAGGAGUGGUCUUAGCAUCAUGAAGUUUGGCUAAUUAAGUGUAGUUUAAGGUAAAUGACUUUGUGUCAUGUCCUGAUCCUAGUUACUUUGUGUGUUGGACUUGCAUGCUUUUUGAAGGUUGAAGAUGAAUAAUGUAUGUUUGAUAUUACUACAUAUCAAUGCUAAUAUUAUUAUCUCA